AUGGAUAAUACGAAUACUUCUGCACUGAAUGAACGUUUCACGACUGGUAAUCUCCCAGAGGAUGAUAGGGGUAAGCCGCCGUUACCUUUCAAGGGUAUUGCUAGUAGGGUAGUUGAUAUUGAUGGUAACAUCUUGCUGCCGCGUCGGGGUAGCUUUCAAACGUCACAGGCCAAUCCGAAAUUGAUCAAUGUCAUUGAUGAGUUAACAAAAAUCACUGUUCCUAUGAAUUUGGAAAAAACACAACCGGGUUACACUUCUGUUGUAGGAGAGAGUUCGAACCCUAAUAGCUCUUCUCAGGUUACAUAUGCGGAUAGGGUUAAGCUCAAUACGAGAGGGAAACGUGAGGUUAAUUUCAGACUUCUGGAAUCUACGGAGACGGUGGAGGAGGCUGAUGUGGUUAUUCCGAAAGAAGCUGUUCGGCAGGUACAAAAGAAAUUUGAAAACGUUCUAUAUGGUUAUUUUCUUGGUGAUAGAUUACCGUUUCCGGUAGUAGAAUAUUAUGUAAAGAAUGUUUGGGCGAAGUAUGGGUUUGUAAAGGCUAUGAUGAACUCAGAUGGAUUUUUCUUUUUCAAAUUUGACUCUAAGGAGGGUAUGAAUAAAGUUCUUGAGGGGGGUCCAUGGUUGAUACGUAAGAUGCCGUUAUUCCUGAAUGUAUGGGGUCCGACAAUCAGUUUAAAGAAGGAUGGUAUUAAGUCUGUUCCUGUUUGGAUCAAGCUUCAUAAUGUUCCUCUUGCUGUUUACACGGAUGAUGGUCUUAGUCUUCUGGCUUCGAAAGUAGGUGUUCCCAAGAGGUUAGACGCUUAUACAGCUGAUAUGUGUAUUGAUAAUUGGGGUCGGACCAGUUAUGCUCGUGCUUUGGUGGAGAUUAAUGCAGAAAACGAAUUAAAGAAUCAUGUAGUAGUUGCUAUUUCAAAAAUGGAUGAAGAGGGUUUUGUAAAGGAAAACAUUAAAAUAGAAUACGAGUGGAAACCGCAUCGAAGUGAUACUUGUCGUUUAUUUGGUCAUAAUAAUUCGUCAUGCCCGAGAACUCCGAAGGAUAAAGCAAAACAGGUUAUUAUUGAUGAGGAGGGGUACAUUAUGGAUAAAAGGAAAACAGCAAAGUAUGGUUUUCCACAGAAAAAGCAAAAGCCGAAGUUCAUGUACAAGCCUAAGUCUAAUUCUACGGGUGCUAGUACCUCAGGAACGAAAGAUCAGCCGGAAGCCAAAAGAGUUUCCUAUCCUGUGGACACUCAAAAUAAGUUUGAAAGUCUAGCAGAUGAUUCUUUGAAAUCAGGUACAUUAAAUGAGCUGCAUUCUGAGGAUCCGCUUUAUGAGAAGAUUGAUGGAACAGGGACUAGCCGAGUUGUUAAGAGUUCAAAACAACCAAAUCAGAGUAAUGCUGAAGAGGAGGGUUUUGUUGACCCUGUCCAAACGGAAGUUUCGUCUUUUAUGAGUAUGAAUACAAAGAAUGAUCGUUCUGAGGGGGCAAGCACUCCCGUUGACAUGGAGUCUCACGUGGAGGUUUCAAAGCUUUCGAAAGUGUGUGGUAGAGUGUUUAAAAAGUGGGAAUGGACGUCCAAUGGAGGGGUAUGUAACAAAGGGACCAGAAUCAUUGUGGGAUGGAAUGAUGAUCGUAUUCAGCUUAUGGUGCUAGCUCAAACGGACCAGGUUAUGCAUGUCCAGCUUAAGUCUAACAUCGAUUCCAAAGUUUUGUUUGUGUCUUUUGUCUAUGCUAAGAAUACCUAUCAAGAACGACGGGUAUUAUGGCAAGACCUAUGCAAGCAUAAGUUGGUAGUCAGGAAUCAACCGUGGAUUGUGAUGGGGGAUUUCAACUCAGCCCUUUAUAUGGAUGAUUGUUUGCAUGGAUCCUCCACUCCUACGAUAGGUAUGAGGGACUUUUUUGAAUGUGUUCAACAUAAUGAGUUGCUAGAUAUUCCAGGCCAUGGUCUUCAUUUUAUGUGGAACCAAAAACCUAGAGAUGGAAUAGGCGUCCUAAAGAAGAUUGAUCGGGUGAUGGGUAAUGUUACUUUCCUAGAUGAUUUCCCGAAUGCUCAUGUGGAUUAUCAUCCUUACCGGUUGUCGGACCACACACCAUGUAUUUUGAAAACGGCUAGAGAGGUUCGGCCAAAGCCAAAACCUUUUAAGGAUUGUGUAAUGGCUGAAUGGAGCAAAAACAUUGUAGUUGAUGAACUUAGAUCUAGUCUGGAUGAAGUCCAUAAGCUGAUUGACCAGAACCCGUUUGAUGCUGAGCUUCGGGUCAAAGAAUCAAACAUUAUAAAGGAGCUUCAUAGUGCUGCUUAUGAUGAGGAGUCUUUCGUAAAACAGAAGGCAAAACUUGAUUGGCUUAGUGCGGGAGAUGGCAAUACGACGUAUUUCCACAAUUUUGUUAAGAGUAGGAAUGCAAGGAGUAAAAUUCACUCAAUUAAUGAUGCUAAUGGUAAUCAUUUUGAGGGUUCAGAUGUGGAACGUGCAUUAGUUGAUCACUAUAUGAAGUUUUUGGGUAUCGAGACUGAGGUUGAUGAUAUGUCUAUGGAGGAUUUGUUUUCAAAGACCGUUAACCCAGUUGAAGCUAAUCAUAUGAUUCGGCCUGUGACUUGUGACGAAAUAAAGGCUGCAAUGUUCAGUAUUGGAGAUAAUAAAGCUCCCGGGCUAGAUGGUUUCACGUCGGUUUUCUUCAAGAAAGCUUGGGAUAUAGUGGGUGAGGAGGUCUCGGAUGCUAUUCUGCAGUUUUUUGAUAAUGGUAAAUUGCUUCAGCAGGUGAACCACACUAUAAUUGCUCUCGUUCCUAAAGUUCCUACUCCCUCUUCGGUUUUGGAAUAUAGACCCAUUUCUUGUUGCAAUGUCAUUUUUAAAUGCAUUAGCAAAAUUUUGGCAGAUCGGAUAAAAGGUAGUUUGGGUAGUUUGGUGAAUAUAAAUCAAUCAGCGUUUGUUCCGGGUAGGAGGAUAUCUGAUAAUAUUCUGCUCACUCAGGAGUUAAUGCAUAAUUACCAUCUUCAUAAGGGAAAACCAAGGUGUGCUUUCAAGAUUGAUAUCCAGAAAGCUUAUGAUACGGUUAGCUAG